UUCUUCAAUAGUGGGCUGCUAAAGUCAAUCGGCAUCCAAAUUAUUCUCUUUUACUCAUAUUUUACUGGAUUUAAAAGUAAUUUAAGCCAGCAUGGAUGAGGAAUACGAUGCCAUCGUUUUGGGCACGGGCCUCAAGGAGUGCAUCUUGAGUGGAAUGUUGUCCGUGUCCGGAAAAAAAGUAUUACAUGUUGAUAGGAACAAAUACUAUGGUGGUGAGUCAGCCUCCAUCUGCCCAUUAGAGGAUCUGUUUACAAAGUUCGGUGCACCGGCUCCCGACGAGAGCUACGGCAGGGGACGCGACUGGAAUGUCGAUUUGAUUCCCAAGUUCCUAAUGGCCAAUGGAUCGCUUGUCAAAUUGCUGAUCCACACCGGUGUCACCCGGUAUUUGGAAUUCAAGUCGGUCGAGGGCAGUUACGUGUACAAAGGUGGAAAAAUAUCAAAGGUACCGGUUGAUCAAAAAGAGGCCCUCGCCUCUGACCUGAUGGGCAUGUUUGAGAAGAGGCGCUUCCGCAACUUCCUUUGCUACGUGCAAGACUUCCAGGAUCAGGAUCCGAAGACGUGGAAGGACUUCGACCCGCAUACUGCCAACAUGCAGGGUCUCUACGACAAGUUCGGCCUCGACAAGAACACUCAGGACUUCACCGGUCACGCCCUCGCCCUCUACAGGGACGACGACUAUUUGAACAAGCCAGCCAUCGACACCAUCAAUAGAAUCAAGCUUUACUCCGACUCUUUGGCGCGGUACGGCAAAUCGCCGUACUUGUACCCCAUGUACGGAUUGGGAGAACUGCCCCAAGGAUUUGCCAGACUUUCGGCAAUCUACGGCGGCACCUACAUGUUGGACAAGGCGAUCGACGAGAUCGUUGUCGGCGAGGGAGGCAAGGUUAUCGGUGUGCGUUCCGGCGAGGAGAUCGCCAAAUGCAAGCAAGUCUACUGUGACCCUACCUAUGUACCCGACAGAGUCCGCAAGAAGGGCAAGGUCAUUCGUUGCAUCUGUCUGAUGGAUCAUCCCAUUCCCAACACCAAAGAUGCGCUUUCCACCCAAAUCAUCAUUCCACAGAAACAGGUCGGCAGGAACUCCGACAUCUAUGUGUCUCUGGUCAGCCACACCCAUCAGGUCGCCGCGAAAGGAUGGUUCGUUGCCAUGGUCUCCACCACCGUCGAGACCGACAAUCCCGAGCUUGAGAUCAAGCCCGGUCUAGACAUGUUGGGCCCGAUCCGCCAGAAGUUCGUCUCCGUGUCCGACUACUAUGAACCGACCGACGACGGCUUGAACUCACAAAUCUUCAUUUCUCAAUCUUAUGACGCCACCUCUCACUUCGAAACAACGUGUCAGGAUGUGUUGGACAUCUUCAAGAGAGGCACCGGCGAGGAGUUCGACUUUUCUAAGAUCAAGCACGAAUUAGGCGAUGAGGAGCAGUAAUUUGAUUCAAUUUUGAUUUUUUACACUUACCAAUUAAUGCUGUUAUAUGCAUCCUACUUUGCUAAACGGUGCCCUUAUUAACUAACAUUCAUGUAAGCAAAUAACGGGCCUAUGAAUGGAAGUAAGUGUAAAAUAAUGUUAUAUAGGUAAUCUAUGUGCAACAUUUUUUACUUUAUUUUUUAUAUUGUUUUUAAAUUACUUUUGCAGGAUACUCCUAUUGUUAAUUAGUAUAAUUAUGUACUAUUUAAUGGAACAUUAUGUAAAAAGAAUUUAGUACCAAAACAUUUUUAUAGGUGUAAAAUAUUGUGAUGGUCUAAUAAAGUCAAUCCCAUAAUAAAACUAAAUUAUUGAAUACACAAAACCAUGCCUCUGAUGGAUUCUCUUUAAUAGAAUUUCACAAUAUUAUUAGCGUUGAAAACAGUCUCAUAGUUUGAGGCAAAAAAGACGAUUGCUUUAUUAUUCCUUGUUUGUUCAUUUGCAAAUGGGAAUUUAUUGUAAUGUUUAAGAUACCAGUGAAUUUUGUGAAAAUGUGUAAUUAUAUAUAGCUUUACUUUUUAUUAGAUGCAUGAAAUUUUUAAUUAUAAUUGGUGAUACUGGCACACUUGAUACUGUAUUAUGUGAUGGAACAAAAUAAACAAAAUUUAAACAA